AUGUCGACCUUAGUAGCCAUUGAACAGUACAUGUCAAUUUAUGGACCAUUCAUUUUAACUACACUUGGUAUUGUCGGAAAUGUUCUUUCAAUUUUAAUCUUUCUCUCGCCGAGAUAUCGCCGACAGUCAUCGCACUUUUACUUACUAUCGCUCGCACUGUCCGAUCUUUGUUUUCUUAUUAUAAACUUACUGGAAGAUACAUUUCGUAAUCACAAUCAAUUGUAUCACUCGCAUUUGAAUUUUCUUGACCGCAGUUCAACUUCCAUAUGCAUACUUGUGCAAUACGCAAGAAAUCUCACGCGCUCGUUAUCGUCAUGGAUUAUUGUUUCAUUUACGAUUGAACGUCUGCUCGUCGUAUUCUAUCCGUUGAAACGUGCGACUAUCUGUCGACGAAAAAUUGCACGACUCGUUGUUUUGUUCUUGUUCUGCUUGAGUUUUGUCAGUAAUCUCAAUGUCCCAUUUCACUACGGAGUCAUUUCAUCCUCAACUCCCAUGGAAAAUGAUACAAUUUGUGAUAUCAUACCGAAAUAUCGUUCGAUCUAUAUGAGAUUCGCUAUUACUACCAUGAUCAGUGUUUAUUUAGCACCGAUGUGUAUCAUUGGCUUUGUGAACAUGUUAAUUUGUUGUAAACUUUGGAGAAAAAGUUUAUUCAUGGACGAAGAUGAUGCGAGUUUAGCUGCAAAGGACAAACAUCGUUUUUUCUCCCGGCAAACCUUUUCGUCUUUGUGGAGAUUUUUAGCAUGUUUACAUCUAUCUCGACGCUCUUCAACGUCAUCCAUCGUUACGAAACAAUCUCUACAUGGCCGAACUUCAUCACUCAGUCAAUAUCAAUCAAUCGGCCCGUUGCUAAACACAGACGCACAAAUUAAUGGACAUUUAAUCAACGAUGAACUGCUAAAUCGGCCACCACCUCGAUCGCCGUCGACCUUAUCCACAAAUUUUUCUAAUCAAACAAAGAAGCAAUCCGUGAGCUCAAUUAAAGCUUACAUACAAUCCCGAACGCAUCGUGUUACAGCAACUUUAUUACUUGUCUCAUGUUCAUUCGUUCUACUAAAUACGCCCUAUUGUGUCGUUUGGAUCGCAAAUUAUCUGGAAAAAUUUGGUAAUGCAACUUUGAAAUCAGUGAAAGAAAUCACGGAGUUAUUCAUGUUAACGAAUUUCUGUAUUAAUUUUCUUCUCUAUUGUGUUAGUGGAAAAGCUUUUCGAAAUGAACUCGCUUAUAUCUUACGGUGUCAAUGGAGAGAAUUAUACGAUCGAAGCGAAGCCGAACGAGCAGCACGGAAAAAGUCUCGACCAAAAAUCGAAAUUCAAUUAAACGAAACGAAAUUAAAACCACGUGCACUUUCAUGCUGUCCAAAUGAUCAACCGUAUCGCACAUCAUCAUAUGCUUUGUAUACAAAUAAAAAUCUCCAUCGAUAA